AUGGACUUGAACAGAACGCUGCUUUUAAGACUCAGCGAUAAGGGUGAACCUGUCACGUCUAAUUCGUAUGGUCAAGGUGUCUUGACUGUUCCUUCAUUACCUCCUCCCCCAAGUGAUACUCCUAAGGGUACUCCACUAUUCGUGGUCAAAUUAUUGAUCUCUGCUGGCUCUCCAAUUGCUAGAGAUGGGUUGGUUUGGACCAAUUGUCCUCCAGAGAGUACAGUAGAGUUUGAAAGAUAUACGUUUUAUAAACAUAUUAUCAAAACAAGUUUUCAUAAGGAUGAUACCAUUGAUUUGAAAAUUUAUAAGCCGGGACCUUAUUGUUUCUAUUUAUCCUUUAGAAAUGAUGCUGAAGAAUUGGAAACCACAAGAAGAUUUUAUUUCAUCGUCCCACCUUCUUUAACCAUCAAUGGUAAAUUUUUACAAUUGAAUUCUAUUGCCAUGCAAAGUGUCAUCUCGAAAUGGUUGGGUAAUGACAUUAAUAAAGAUUGGAAUAAGAUAUUCCAAACCAUCUCCGACAAAAAGUAUAAUAUGAUUCAUUUCACACCUUUGCAAUCAAGGGGAGAAUCUAAUUCUCCUUAUUCCAUUUAUGACCAAUUACUGUUCGACCCAACUCAUUUCAAUUCUUUGGACGAUGUUAUUAAAAUGGUAAAUAACUUACAUGAAAAUUAUAACAUGUUAAGUCUUACUGAUAUAGUUUUUAAUCAUACUGCAAAUAAUUCCGAUUGGUUAAGAGACCAUCCUGAUUCAGGUUAUAAUGCUGAUACUGCUCCACAUUUAACUGCUGCUAUUGAAUUGGAUAAGGCUCUUCUCGAUUUUAGUCAAAAUUUGGGUAAUUUAGGGUACCCUGUCGAGAUUAAUACUAAUGAUGAUCUAUUAAAAAUUUUAGAUGGGAUUAAGAUUCAUGUCUUGGGCACGUUGAAGUUAUGGGAAUUCUAUGUAGUUGAUGUGGAACAAACUAUUAAUAAUGUUAAAAGUAAUUGGUCGAAAUACGAUGCUCAAGAAUUAAUUAAAGAUGACACUUUAGAUAUUCAUGAAUUACAAAAAGAUAAAAAUUUGUCAAACUUCACUAUUUAUUUGAAAAAACAUGCUACCAUGGAAAAUUUUGGUAAACUAGGCAAGAGAAACUCCAACCAGUUCGAUAUUGCAAAAUUAAUUGGUAUAUUGAAAAAAUUAUAUGGUAACGAUCUAAAUGAUGAAAUAUUGAAUAGUACAAGAAAAAUAUUUAAUGACAUCAAUUUACCCUUUUAUAAAGAGUAUGAUGAUGAUAUUAAUGAAAUUAUGGAACAAUUAUAUAAUAGAAUCAAUUAUUUGAAAUUAGAUUCCAAUGGGUUGAGACAAGGUCCUAUUACUUUGGAAAAGCCUUUAACAGAACCUUAUUUCACAAGAUUUGUUGCUACAGAUGGUAAAGAGUAUGCAUUGGCAAAUAAUGGUUGGAUUUGGAAUGGUAAUCCUAUGGUUGAUUUUGCAUCUUCAGAUUCAAAAGCUUAUUUACGUAGAGAAGUCAUUGUUUGGGGCGAUUGUGUCAAAUUAAGAUAUGGUAAAUCUCCCAAGGAUUCUCCUUACUUAUGGGAAAGAAUUACCAAAUAUGUAGAAAUGAACGCAAAGAUCUUUGAUGGGUUCCGUAUUGAUAACUGCCAUUCUACUCCAUUACAUGUUGGUGAAUAUUUCCUAGAUGUCGCAAGAAAAGUUAAUCCAAAUUUAUAUGUCGUCGCUGAAUUAUUUACUGGUUCUGAAUCAUUAGAUUGUUUCUUUGUUGAAAGAUUAGGUAUUUCUACUUUAAUUAGAGAAGCUAUGCAAGCUUGGUCAGAAGAAGAAUUGUCUCGUUUAGUUCAUAAACAUGGCGGUAGACCAAUUGGUUCUUUCAAGUAUUUACCGAUGGAUAACAUGGCCUAUUCUCCAGAUUUACCAAUCGACGAGGAAUAUUGUACAAUUUCAAAGGAUAAUAAUUAUCCAAGAUGUGUCUCCGAAAUUAUGAUUCCAAAAAUUUUAACUUCUGCUCCACCUCAUGCUUUAUUCAUGGAUUGUACUCAUGAUAACGAAACUCCUUUCCAAAAGAGAACUGUAGAAGAUACCCUACCAAAUGCUGCAUUGGUUUCCUUAUGUUCUUCUGCUAUUGGGUCUGUUUAUGGUUAUGAUGAAAUCUAUCCUUAUCUUUUAAAUUUGGUUACUGAAACUAGAAAUUAUUUACCAAAUGAAACUAAUGGUAUUGGUAAAAUUAAAACAAUUUUAAACAAUAUUAGAGAAGAGAUCAAUGAAGAAAGUUUUGAUACCGAAGAUUCUGAAAUGUUUGUUCAUCAUGAAGGUCAAUACAUUACUUUCCAUCGUACCAAUGUUAAAAAGGGUUCUGGCUGGUAUUUAAUUGCAAGAACUAAAUUCUACAAUGGUCAAGGUCAAAAAUUAGCUCCGAUUGUUUUAAGUCAAUCUACUUGUAAAUUAUUACAUGCCUUCACUUUAGAAAAAGUUGGGGAUGCAAUUAAGGAUGAGAAAUUUUUAAGAGGUAUACCAACAAUUCUAAGAGAGUUGAAAGAUUUCAAAGUCACAUAUGAUGAUGAAUCGCAUUCUUCUACCAUUACUAUGCCAGAGGAUUUCCCACAGGGUUCUAUUGCAAUCUUUAGAACUCAACAAAAUAAAGUGGAAGAAAGUUUGGAUCAUUUUGUUAGAACUGGUGCUAUGAAAGCUACUGAAAAUGUCACUUUGGAUUCUUUAAAUUCAUUACUUUAUCGUUGCGAAGCUGAAGAAAUGGAUUCCAGUGAUGGUAAAGAGGGUGCUUAUGAUAUUCCAAAUUUCGGUAAAUUAAAAUAUUGCGGUUUACAAGGUUGGAUUACUAUUUUAAAGCCAAUUGUCUUUAACAAUGACUUAGCUCAUCCUUUAAGUGAAAAUUUGAGAAAUGGUCAUUGGGCUUUAGAUUAUACUUCAGAAAGAUUAAACUAUUAUAUUGAUCAACCAGGUAUUAAAGAAAGUCAAGAAUGGUUGCGUGGUAGAUUUCAAAGAAUUAAGGAAUUACCAAGUUAUUUAGUUCCAAGUUACUUUUCCUUAGUAGUGGGUGUUUUCUAUGAAGCCUGCCGUUUUAGAGCUAUGCAAAUGUUUACUAAAAAUAUUGGUAAUUCCACCUUAUUUGUUCAAAGUUUAGCUUUGACUUCCGUUCAAAUGGUUUCUCAAAUGAAAUAUACUUCGAUUUUACCAAAGGAAAAUGUACCUUGCAUGGCUGCAGGGUUACCUCACUUUAGUACAGGUUAUAUGAGAUGUUGGGGCAGAGAUGUGUUUAUUUCCUUAAGAGGGUUAUUAUUGACUACAGGAAGAUAUGAGGAGGCUAAAUCCCACAUUUUGGCCUUUGCUAAGACUUUGAAACAUGGUUUAAUUCCAAAUUUACUUGAUGCAGGUAGAAACCCAAGAUAUAAUGCCCGUGAUGCAGCUUGGUUCUUUUUACAAGCAAUUCAAGAUUAUGUUCAUAUUGCUCCGAACGGAUCAGACAUUUUGAAAGAAAAAGUAACUAGAAGAUUCCCAUUGGAUGACACUUAUAUUAAAUUAGAUGAUCCAAGAGCUUUCAGUUAUUCUACUUCUAUUGAAGAUAUUAUUUUUGAAAUAUUGCAAAGACAUGCUAAAGGUAUUAAAUACAGAGAAGCAAAUGCAGGCCAUCAAAUUGACCGUGUUAUGACAGAUAAGGGGUUUGAUGUUGAAGUUAAUGUUGAUUGGGAAACAGGUCUUGUCCAUGGUGGAUCUCAAUUUAAUUGUGGUACUUGGAUGGAUAAAAUGGGUGAAAGUUCCAAGGCUGGGUCAGUUGGUAUACCAGGGACACCAAGAGACGGUGCAGCUGUAGAAAUUAAUGGUUUAUUGAAAAGUACUCUAAGAUUUGUCAUUGAAUUACAUAAAGAAGGAAAAUUCCAGUAUUCAAAAGUUAAGAAGAAUGAUGGAUCUGAAAUAUCAUUUCAAAACUGGAAUGAUUUAUUACAAAACAAUUUCGAAAAGAAAUUUUAUGUUCCAAUAGAAUCUAAAGAUGAUGCUAAGUUUGAUGUUGAUCCUAAUAUCGUGAACAGAAGAGGCAUGUAUAAAGAUUUAUUCCGUUCUGGCAAACCGUAUGAAGAUUAUCAGUUGAGGCCAAAUUUUGCCAUUGCAAUGACAGUAGCACCAGAAUUAUUUACCCCAGAAUAUGCAUUAAACGCUAUUAAUCUGGCUGAUAAAGUAAUCAGAGGUCCCGUGGGUAUGAGAACUCUGGAUCCAAAUGAUUAUAACUAUCGUCCGUAUUAUAACAAUGGUGAGGAUUCUGAUAAUUUUGCUACUUCAAAGGGUAGAAAUUAUCAUCAAGGUCCUGAAUGGGUAUGGUGUUAUGGCUAUUUCUUGCGUGCUUUCCACCACUUUAAUUUCAUGGCUAACCCAUUAAGUCGUAAUACUGAAAAAGAUAAGCCAACUUCUUAUCUUUAUCAACAACUAUAUAACAGGUUGAUUGAACAUAGAAAAUGGUUACGUACCAGUCCAUGGGCCGGCCUUGCUGAAUUAACUAAUAAAGAUGGUGAAAUAUGUAACGAUUCUAGUUCAACACAGGCUUGGAGUUCGGGCUGUUUACUAGAUUUGUUUUAUGAUUUAUAUGAUCGUUACGAAUAA